CCCUCGGUUUCACAGCUAAUACCACACCCGAACCGUAGGGAUCAUCCAAAGUCCAAACCCCAACCUUUAAGUUAAACCACCCUCUAUGAGAGUCGUCGUCGUAGUCUUCAUCAUCAAACCACCAUUUCCGACCCUUUUAUGAGCUCAACCUCUCUCCAAUUCUUCAUCUACAAUCCCUACCCAAAACCCCUAAAAGCCCACAACAGAUUCUCAGUGCAGGAGUUGCAGGAAAGGGUAGUAAAACCACCUAUUACAAUGAAGGACAGGCCACCACCGUCGUCGUAUGGCGGCGUUUACGUUCCUCCCCACCAUCGACUUCGAUCGGUCAUCACGACGUCUUCAGCGUCGCCGGUCAAUAUACCCUCUGUUCCUGUGGAAUCCAAAGCAACUGUGAAUAAUCGAAGCACUUUUGUGAACUCUAGAGUUCACAAUCCUUACCCUUACUUGCCUCCACAGAAAGUCCAACAGCAACAGCAGUUGCAGAAGAAGGAUUCGCAGGCGAGUUCGUGGUACGAUGAGGUGUCACAGGAAGGUUCUGACCGAGAAAUGGAGGUUUCAGUUUAUCCGGGUGCUUCCACAUUGGACCACAUUGAUGCAUGGAAAUGGAAGCUGACUACACUUUUACGCAACAAGGAUAAGCAUGAGUUGGUGUCCAGGGAGAAAAAAGAUAGGCAAGACUAUGAGCAAAUAGCAGCUUUGGCAAGCAGGAUGGGUUUGCAUAGUCAUCUAUAUGUAAAAGUUGUUGUCGUCAGCAAGGUCCCUUUGCCAAACUAUAGAUUUGAUCUGGAUGACAAGCGGCCACAGAGGGAGGUGACUUUGCUUCCUGGUUUGCAAAGGAGAGUGGAUGACCAUCUUGGGGAGUACCUCUCCCAAAAGCCUAGGACCAUGGAUGUGUUUUCAAGGUCAAGUAGUAGCGGUAGUGUUGCCACUGAUGAGGGGCUUUUUGAGCAACCAGAGCCACUGCCACACAGUAAGGCUGCCAUGGAGAAAAUUGUUUGGCGUAGAAGUCUGCAAUUACGCAAUGAGCAACAAGCUUGGCAGGAGUCUCCAGAUGGUAGGAAGAUGCUGGAGUUUCGCAGAAGUCUCCCUGCUUACAAGGAGAAGGAUGCAAUAUUGAAUGCCAUUUUACAGAAUCAGGUUGUUAUUGUCUCAGGUGAAACAGGUUGUGGGAAGACCACACAGAUUCCUCAAUUCAUUUUAGAAUCCGAGGUUGAGUCUCUUCGUGGGGCUGUUUGCAAUAUUAUAUGUACUCAGCCUAGACGAAUGUCCGCUAUGGCUGUUUCUGAAAGAGUUGCUGCUGAAAGGGGGCAGAAGCUGGGUGAAACAGUUGGAUAUAAAGUUCGCCUUGAGGGUAUGAAAGGAAGGGAUACCCACCUCCUUUUCUGCACCACAGGUAUCUUGUUGAGAAAGUUACUGGGUGACAGAAAUUUGAAGGGUGUAACUCAUGUUAUUGUGGAUGAGAUUCAUGAGCGUGGAAUGAAUGAAGAUUUUUUGCUUAUUGUCUUGAGAGAUCUUCUUCCUCGUCGGCCAGAUUUGAGGCUGAUUCUGAUGAGUGCAUCCUUAGAUGCAGAGCUUUUCUCAUCCUACUUUAGUGGGGCUCCAGUGGUCCACAUUCCGGGUUUCAUGUACCCAGUGCGAACCCAUUUUCUGGAAAAUAUUCUGGAAAUAACUGGAUACAGUUUGACGGCCUAUAAUCAAAUUGAUGACUAUGGUCAGGAGAAGAUGUGGAAAAUGAACAAACAAACACCAAAAAAGAGGAAGAGCCAGAUUGCUUCUUCUGUGGAGGAUGCACUUAGAGCGGCUGAUUUCAAGGAAAAUAGCCCGCAGACACAAGACUCUUUGUCCUGUUGGAAUCCUGAUUGUAUUGGUUUCAACCUCAUAGAAUAUCUUUUGUGCAAUAUUUGUGAGAAAGAAAAGCCAGGUGCUGUUUUAGUCUUUAUGACUGGGUGGGACGACAUAAGUUCUUUGAAGGACAAGCUCCAAACUCAUCAUAUCCUGGGAGAUACAAGCCGAGUUCUGCUGCUGGCAUGCCAUGGCUCUAUGGCCAGUUCAGAGCAGAGGUUGAUCUUUGAUGAGCCUGAAGAUGGAGUGAGGAAGAUAGUGCUAGCUACUAAUAUUGCUGAAACCAGUAUCACAAUUAAUGAUGUGGUUUUUGUAAUUGACUGUGGAAAGGCAAAAGAGACAUCGUAUGAUGCACUGAACAACACUCCUUGCUUGCUUCCUUCUUGGAUCUCUAAGGUUUCUGCUCAACAGAGACGAGGAAGAGCUGGCCGUGUUCAGCCAGGAGAAUGUUACCAUCUCUAUCCCAGAUGUGUGUACGACGCUUUUGCAGACUAUCAAUUGCCAGAAAUUUUAAGGACGCCUUUACAGUCCCUCUGUCUGCAAAUCAAAAGUUUGAAACUUGGAAGUAUUUCGGAGUUCCUGUCUAGGGCUUUGCAGUCACCAGAGUUACUGGCGGUUCAAAAUGCUAUUGAGUACUUGAAAAUAAUUGGGGCUCUAGAUGAAAACGAAAAUCUGAGUGUUUUAGGACGCUACUUGACAAUGCUUCCAAUGGAGCCCAAACUUGGAAAGAUGCUUGUACUUGGUUCCAUUUUCAAUUGCCUCGACCCAAUAUUAACUGUUGUUGCUGGUCUUAGUGUCCGAGAUCCUUUCUUAACACCAUUGGACAAGAAGGAUCUUGCAGAUGCUGCAAAAGCUCAGUUUUCCCAUGAUUAUAGUGACCACCUUGCUCUUGUUCGGGCAUAUGAGGGCUGGAAAGAUGCUGAGAGAGACCUUGCUGGAUAUGAAUACUGCUGGAAAAAUUUUCUAUCUGCACAAUCGAUGAAAGCUAUUGAUUCCCUUCGAAGGGAGUUCUACUCUUUGCUCAAGGAUACUGGUCUUGUUGACAGCAACACAACCACCUGCAACACAUGGAGUUACGAUGAACAUCUCAUGCGGGCAGUUAUUUGCUAUGGCUUGUAUCCUGGAAUUUGCUCUGUUGUGCACAAUGAAAAGUCAUUCUCAUUGAAAACGAUGGAGGACGGCCAGGUGCUUCUGUACUCUAACUCGGUAAAUGCACGUGACUCCAAAAUUCCAUAUCCAUGGCUAGUCUUCAACGAGAAGAUUAAAGUGAACUCUAUUUUUCUCCGGGAUUCAACAGCAAUAUCUGAUUCAGUGCUGCUUCUCUUUGGAGGAAACAUAUUGAAAGGGGAUAUGGAUGGCCACUUAAAAAUGUUGGGGGGUUACUUGGAGUUCUUUAUGAAACCCACCACAGCAGAAAUGUAUCAAAGCGUAAAGAAGGAGCUUGAAGAGUUAAUUCAGAGCAAACUUCUGAAUCCCAGGAUGGGUAUACAGACCCAUCACGAACUUCUAUCUGCAGUGCGGUUGCUGAUCUCAGUGGAUCAAUGUGAUGGAAGAUUUGUAUUCAACCGUCAGGUGCUUCAGUCCUCCAUGCCAUCUAUUACAGUACCUGCACCAGCGCCAACACCAACACCAGUUUCGAGGAUAGAAAGCGGACCUGGGGGUGAUAAUUCGAAGAGUCAGCUCCAAACAUUGCUGACUCGGGCAGGCUAUGCAGCACCAGUCUAUAAGACAAAACAACUGAAAAACAACCAGUUUCGUGCAACUGUAGAGUUCAAUGGAAUGCAGAUAAUGGGGCAACCUUGCAACAACAAGAAGCAGGCAGAAAAAGAUGCAGCGGCUGAGGCUCUGGAAUGGCUGAUGGAGGGAAACCGGACUGGUCAUGACUAUAUUGACCACAUGUCGAUGUUGCUGAAGAAGAGCAAGAAGGAUCACAGAUAAACUUCAGGUAGCAUAGAACCAUAUAAAACCAAUUUUGCAGAUUAAAAAGGCAGUGCAAUGGUGCUUACGGCAGCCUGAACAUAUUAUCCUCCAACCAUGUGCACCCAACCCUAUGAAUGGAUUGGUGAAUCGGUCCCUAGCAUGAAAUUCCAGACCAGCCUUGAGCAAUCAUGUUGAUUCUUCACCUGCGAAGAAGAUUUGCAAGUAGUAGGCCAGACUGACUAUACAGAAGGUUACGAAUAUAUGAUCACCUGCUACUGGCCUGAACCAUAGCCAAACUGACCUAAUAUGAUUCGCGAUACUUAGAUUCACAAAUUUUGACCAUCUUCUCGACUCUGGGAGUUGGUGUCCAUUGUGACAGGCAGUGUUUUCGUUCACCAAAUGAACUUGGACGAGGCAUAACAUCUACGAAUGUAUUUGCGCACUUAAUUCAGAAAGGAAAAAUUGAAGUCUCUGGCCACAUUGAUGCAUACAUUUUCUGUAAAUAGCCAAUUGUUUGAAAAAUUAUAAGAUUUGUAUGAAAUCUUAGUGUGGUGUUAUUUUGGGUCCUCUUAAUGUUAAGAACUGUCCCUUCUCAUGAUCUGCUCUAAUGUUAGCAAAAACAGUGAUUCAGAGUUCUUGUACUGAUACUUUGCUUCAGCCCAGGCUUGGUCUUCUUAUUCAGUUUGUGCAGGAUGUAGUAGUUUUCUGUGGAUGAUG